CUGUUCAUGACAUUCUAAAAACUGAUACACUCCGUGGGAUCAGCUGGAGCUGAAAUAACAGAUGAGGGAGACAGCGACUGGGGAGACUUGCCCUGCAAGGAGAGUAUCUUUCUCUCCCUCCCUCCCCCUCAAUAAAUGAGCUGGCUGCACUUUUUUAUUUUAAGUUAUCUCGUUCUACCUCACUUGAGCACCCCGCGACGUGUCUUUUUCGUUUGUUGUUUGCUUUCCAUGGUGCAGUCUGCGGACUCCUUACAAAAAACAAGAAGGCAGGCCUUCUUUGCAAGUGAACACCUUAUGACAGCCCUUUGAGUUCUGCUCUGCGGUCAACUGCCCGGCCAGCGCCAGGGGAGGGAGGAAAGAUCCCAGCACGUUGCUCGCCCGCUACCAGCCUCUUGCCAGUCCCUCGGAGAUUGGUUGUCCACCUGGCCGUUAGACAGCGGGCCGCCCUCACAGCCAGUCCACCAUGUUCCACCGACUCACCAGCUUUUUCUAUGGGGAAACGGAAGAGAUCAGCCCCGAGGCUGCCGAUCCCAGCCUGAUCGAGAAGGAGGAUGACGGCUGGCUCAUCGUCGACUUUCCAGAUGAUUGCAAUUCCCCCUCAAGUGAAGAAGUGUUGGUGAUGGUGGAGACCCAAGUGCCUGACGACACCCCUCCACCGGCCCCUUCUUCCCUUGAGCCCCGCUGUCACUGUGGCAGCGACUCCUCACCUCCAUGUUCUUCACCCCGCACUUUGGACGAGAGUUGGUUUGUCACCCCUCCCCCCUGUUUUACUGCAGAGGGCCAGGAUGAGGUCCAAGUGGCGAGCAGCCCCCUGGAAAACCUACUCAUUGAGCACCCGAGUAUGUCUGUAUAUGCCGACAGCAACACCAACAUCAGUACCCGGGAGGAGCCCAGCCAAGUCAACAGUGGACACACAACUCGUGCCAGGGUGGACCGGUGGGCACCACCAGCUCCUGCCGCCGUCUUGGGACGAACUGGCGCGUUGGAAAAGGCCAAUCAGAUCCGCCGCAUCCAACGGGCGAAACAACGGGCGGAGAAACGUCAACUGAGCCGCAACGGGAUUCAGAGGCAGAACCUUGCAAGGGAGUGUCGCUACCACCGGACCAAACAUCAAGGCAACUUUGUGUACCAGCCACCCCGACGCCAAUACAACUACUAAACCAUUUCAUGAAACCCGGGCGCUAGGGGGCAGUCGGAUGGCAUUAACAAUAACUUCGGACAAACUGUGCACUUCACCGCACAAGGUUUUCAUUUUAGCUGGCCUUUCGGUUCUGAGCGUAGCUCUUUUAAAAUAAAAGUUGUUCCAUGCUCCGACAAA